UUUACUCUACAUAAAUUAUAUGCUCCAUUCUUGUUUCUUGUGUCGAGAGGUCAAACACUGGUAGUACUUUAAAUAAUUUUAACUACUUUACACGAAAGUAUGUACUAUAUACUUACUAUAAAAUUUACCGUCACCGCAUGAUAAUUUAUUUCAAUUACCUUCUCUUUUGACGUGAUAUAGAACAAAAACGGAAGUGCUUUUUGAUUUGUUAAAAAUUCAUUAAAAAAAAAAAAUAAUAUGUCUGAUUCUCGUCGUCGUAGAAAAGUUCACAAUUCUGGGGAUUCAGAUGAUCUUUCGGAUUCCUAUGAUGAACUAAAUACAACAAAAGAAACUCAAAGCAGUGGACCAAUUGAGGAUUGUCAUGAUUCAGAGUACGACACUGCGGGAAGUGAAUCUGAAACAGAAUCACAGAAAGGUGUAUUAAGAGAAAGUGGCGAUGGACAAGAGGAGGAAAAAUCGCAAAAAAAAUUAGACGAUGAUGAAGAUCGACGAAAUCCUCAAUACAUUCCAAAACGUGGUACAUUUUAUGAACAUGACGAUAGAACUGCCGAGGAGGCAACAGAAAAUAAUGUUGAACCACAAGUGGAACGUGAUUCGAAAGAAAAGAAAGUAUGGAAAGAUAAGGAUGAUAAAUGGAAUCACGAUAGAUACAAUGAUGCUGAGCAAGCACCAAAAAGUCAUGAGGAAUUGAUUGCUGUCUAUGGUUAUGAUAUUCGAAAUGAAGAAGGUCCACCGAGAGCGCGUAGAAGAAGACGUUAUGGUCGUGGACCAAAUAAAUAUACAAGAAAUUGGGAAGACGAAGAUGCUUAUGGGAAAAUUGCCGGAAAUGCAUCUAACAAGAAUGUCGGACGAAAAUUGAAUAAAACUGGAGAAGAAUUUCCAUCUCUUGGUCCUGGUAAUAAAAGUCCAGUAAAGAUGGAAGAACCAGUAAUAUCAUCCGCUUGGUAUAGUAACAAAGCAAAACCACAAGCUCAAGCUAAUUUUCCUCCUCUGCAACCGCAACCGGAUAAUCUUAAAUCUAAACAAGCCAGUCCACCAAUUAGUCAAUCAAGAGAAAACAAAACUUCUGAAACAACAAAUCAGGCAUGGAAAAAAGAUGUGAAAAGUGCAUCAUAUAUACAAAGUUCGAAUGGAAAUAAUGGUGGUGAUGAUGCUGAUAAAUCAUUUAAUGUAAAAGCAAUGCCACGUGAUAAUAAUAAACGAAAUGUCCAAGAAUCUGUAAGUCUUGUCGCUAGUAGAGCACGUGGACGUGGCUUUAAGGCAAAUACUAAUAACAAUAUAGUCAGUAAUCGUAUAAUCGAAUCAAAACCAAAAGGAAGAGGUCCAGGUACAAUUAAUCCCGACAAUAGACGUUCUAAUACUAUUCAAAUCGACGAGGAACAUCAAUUGGCCAAUGAUGUUAAACGCAUGAACAUUGUUGAAUCAACAUCUUAUCAUUCUAGUGGAAGACAAAAUAAACAUUUUAAUGUUCAAUCGACGAAUCAACAAAGGGCAAAUACAGUUCCACCGCGUUUACAACAUACCCAGCAACAACAGCAGCUACAACAACAACAACAACAACAACAGGUUCAACAAUCGAAAUCAUCAUUGCAGGAUGCUUCGGCAAAUCGUCCAAAACGUUAUUCAAGUCUUCGACAACGACCAACUAUUGCAGAAGGACCGGGACAACAAAAUUUUCCAUCACCACAUGGACAACAUACAUUUUAUCCAUCUCAAGCUGGAAGUUCAAGAGCUGUUUUAGAAUCACAAGGUUAUCCUCAAGGGCAUUUUGAGCAACCGACAUCAGUCGCACCACCUAAUGCACCAAUGGCUGGACAACCUGUCAUCCCCUUGCCACCAGCUCCACAACCACCAAGUUAUGCGCCUCCGCCACCAUUUUUAGUUCCUCCACCGCAAUUUAUGCCACCACCACAAACUGCUCCACCAAGCAUACUCAACUAUGUUCCAGCUCCCAAUGGACCUCCAUUUCAACCUAAUUAUCAAGGAUAUCAAGGUUAUAAUCCUGCUCCUGUUCAGGCUCAGGGUCCUCCACCGCCGCAAGAAUUGUUCCAGCCACAAGGUUGUACUUAUUACAGUCCAGCGCAACAACAGCAACAACAACAGCCAGUGAGACGUCCAACGGCAGCGAUUCCAAUUCUUCCACCUCCCGAUAAUCAACAGCAAUAUCAAUCAGCUCGAAAUCGAACUAAAAUUACUCCUCAACAACAUCAGCAACAAGAGGUACAUCAACAAGUUUUGCAGAAGCAUCAUGAAAUACAACAACAGCAACAACUAUUACAACAGCAGCAACAGGAACACUUACAGCAAUUGGAAUUUCAACAAAUUAAACAUCAACAAGCUGUUGAACAGAGUGAACAAGAACUUCAACAACAACAGCAACAAGAACGCUUACAACAAUUAGAAUUUCAGCAAAUUCAACUUGAACAAGAACAACAAAAAAUAUUGGCACAGCAUGAACAAGAACAACAAAAAAUAUUGACACAGCAUGAACAACAACAACAAUCAAUUCAAUAUCAAUCGCAGGAAAAGAUGACAAAAAUAGAGCCAGUGGUGGAACAGGAAAUUUCACAGAUUCCACAAGAGCAAAAGGAAUUACGACAAUUUGAAGAAGAUGUAAUUGUGGAACAGGAACAACAACAACAACAGGAAAUUGUAUCACCCGCGUCAAUCGAGAAAAAAAUAAUUGAAAUCGAUGAUAAAUUAUUAACAGCGGAAAAAUUACACAAUCAGGAUAAGAAUGAAGAAAAUAAUGAAACAUUGGAAAAUAAUGUUAAUAUUGAAACAAAAGAAAUAGAGAAUAUUGAAGAAGUAGAUAGAAAUUCGGUAGAAAUUAUCGAAAAAAAUUCAACAACAAAUAUUAUUGUUGAAGAUAAUGAUUUAAUAAGUGAAGCACCUGUUAAACUCAAUAAUGCACCAGUUGUUGAUAAAAUCGUUCCUUCUAGUGCAGAUAAUGUAAAAAAAAAUGGUGAGACUGAUGACAAUGCUUUAGAGAAGCCCAUUGUUGAAGAAACCGCUGCCUAAAUUUUUACAAUAACAAAAAAAAAGAAAUAUACUUUUGUAAUAAUUAAAUUACUUUAGAUAAUUACGUUUUUAAGAGUAUAUUUUGACUGUAUAGUAAUUGAAAGUGUUUUUUUUUUUUUGCAAAUUUAAGCGCCAAUUCAGUGGAUAAAAAUUUCAUAUUUUUCCCAAAAAAAAAGUUUGAAAAAUCUCGAAUAUACGAGAUAAGAAAAUAAUUGUGAUUAAAAAAAAAAUAAUUUAUUAAAUAAUAAUAAAUGUUUUUUACAGAUUUAAAAAAAAUUUUAAUAUUACAAUUAUUUAUUUAAAAACAAAAUUAAAA